GUUCGCGUGGCGGGCGAGAGAGGGAGCCUUGGCCAAAAGGGUUCGGGGAGGGAAGAGUAGGUUGAGCAGCCCCUGGAGAACCCCCGCAGACAGGUCCCGGGAGGUCUUCAGGGAGGAGCCCCGUGCUUCUGCCCACCCCCAGGUAGUGGGGGUGCUUGCUCCCGGGAAAGCCUUUUCCUCCCCGCCCCGGGGGGUUUCACAAACGAAACUGCCUCGUUCUUGUUUCAGAGCAGUUUUUCUGUGCUGUCCCUGAGCCGAGCCGUCUGUCAGUCGGACCCGGGUUGCCCUCUCUAUUUCCCCGGCUGUCAACAGAAAGUCCGAACUCAGGGCUAAUUGAUGAGAGCUAAUUGAUGAGAACACGCCUGAGGGGCUUGGGGAUCUGCUCUGGGAAACCGAGCCUCAUUAGAAGUCCCGGGUCGCGGCUGAUCCAAGGGAGGGAAUAGUACCGUUGGGCUUUGUUCAGGUUGGAAAGCAUGCACACAACAGGCAUCUGCUCGAGUUUGGAAACGCAUUUUUAUCUUACCAUUUAUAAAUAAUUUGUUGAGAGAAAGGUGAUCUGGUGGGUGAGAUCCUUGGAAACCUAUAUUAUAAUAGGAACAGUUGAAAAAACUGUGAAGAAGAGAGUUGAGAAGCAAAAAGCAAUUGUUUUCAGGGAUUGGAAGGCUGCUAUGAAGAAAAGUCCCAUCUCUAGUGAGGCUGUUUCUGGAAUCUGUGUGAUGACCAAGGUUUUGGGCAUGGCUGCAGUUCAGGGCUCUCGGCCUCCACGGGAGAGGGGGCGUGUGGUGGUUAAAGAUGAGGACGAAGAGGAAGGGCAGAGCUUGCCCGACCUGGAGGUGUUCCGCCAGCGCUUCCGGCAGUUUGGCUACCAUGACACACCGGGUCCCCGGGAGGCCCUGAGCCAGCUCCGGGUGCUCUGCUGCGAGUGGCUGAGGCCCGAGAUCCACACCAAGGAGCAGAUCCUGGAGCUGCUGGUGCUGGAGCAGUUCCUGACCAUCCUGCCCCAGGAGCUCCAGGCCUGGGUGCAGGAGCACUGCCCACAGAGCGCUGAAGAGGCCGUCACUCUCCUAGAAGAUCUGGAGCAAGAACUGGACGAGCCAGGACAGCAGGUCUCAUCUCCUCCAAAUGAACAGCAGCAGGUGUGGGAGAAGAGGUCCUCUUCAGAAACAGCAAAGUUUCCAAGCAGCACGCAGCCCCAGUCUGUGGACACCAGUCACAAAUGUGAAGGUUGGGAGCCCUUAUACAUCCAGGAGACUGGGGAAGAGCAGGAUUUCACUCCAGAGCUGAGAAAGAGUCAAGAUCAUAACUCGAACACCCAGAAUGAGCAGAAAAGUUCUGAAGAAUCUCAGGAACUCAAAAGGGAUGUUAUUCCCAUGAUUACUGCCAGUAAAUGUGAGGCCAGGUUAGAAAGGCAAUGGGUAAACCUUGAAAAGGAAAGAGGAGCAAAAACUCCUGUCCUAGACAAAGGUUCCAAGAAAGGCAGAGAAUUGAUUCCCGCUAAACCUGCCCCAGGGGAGAGGCGUUACAUAUGUGCCGAGUGUGGAAAAGCCUUUAGCAAUAGCUCAAAUCUUACCAAACACCGGCGAACACACACUGGGGAGAAACCCUAUGUCUGCACCAAAUGUGGGAAGGCUUUCAGCCACAGUUCAAACCUCACCCUUCAUUACAGAACACACUUGGUGGACCGACCCUACGACUGUAAGUGUGGGAAAGCCUUUGGUCAGAGCUCAGACCUCCUUAAACAUCAGCGAAUGCACACCGAAGAGGCGCCGUACCAGUGUAAAGAUUGCGGAAAAGCUUUCAGCGGGAAAGGCAGCCUCAUCCGACACUAUCGGAUACACACUGGGGAGAAACCUUACCAGUGUAAUGAGUGUGGGAAGAGCUUUAGUCAGCACGCGGGUCUUAGUUCUCACCAGAGGCUCCACACUGGAGAGAAGCCAUAUAAAUGUAAGGAGUGUGGGAAAGCUUUCAACCACAGCUCAAACUUUAAUAAACACCAUAGAAUCCAUACGGGGGAGAAGCCCUAUUGGUGUAAUCACUGUGGAAAAACCUUCUGUAGUAAGUCAAAUCUUUCCAAACAUCAGAGAGUCCACACUGGGGAGGGAGAAAGAAGUAAGAAAUACAGUGAUUUUGGGAACAGCUUCACUGUGAGUUCUAACCUUAUUUCACACCAGAGACUUCCUGUGGGAGACAGACCCCAUAAGUGUGAUGAAUGUAGCAAGAGCUUUAAUCGAACUUCAGACCUUAUUCAGCAUCAGAGAAUCCACACUGGGGAGAAGCCCUAUGAGUGUAGCGAGUGUGGGAAGGCCUUCAGCCAGAGCUCCCAUCUUAUUCAGCACCAGAGGAUCCACACUGGAGAGAAACCUUAUGAAUGUAACGAUUGUGGGAAGACGUUCAGCUGCAGCUCUGCCCUCAUUCUGCAUCGGAGGAUCCACACCGGGGAGAAGCCCUAUGAAUGUAACGAAUGUGGGAAAACCUUUAGCUGGAGCUCUACCCUGACUCAUCACCAGAGAAUCCACACUGGAGAGAAACCGUAUGCUUGUAACGAAUGUGGGAAGGCCUUCAGUAGGAGCUCCACCCUCAUCCAUCACCAGAGAAUCCACACUGGAGAGAAGCCCUAUGAAUGUAACGAGUGUGGGAAGGCCUUCAGCCAGAGCUCCCACCUCUAUCAGCACCAGAGAAUCCACACUGGAGAGAAGCCCUAUGAAUGUAUGGAAUGUGGAGGAAAGUUUACCUACAGUUCAGGCCUUAUUCAGCAUCAAAGAAUCCACACGGGGGAGAAUCCCUAUGAAUGUAGCGAGUGUGGGAAAGCCUUUAGGUAUAGCUCAGCUCUUGUUCGCCAUCAGAGAAUUCACACUGGAGAGAAGCCUUUGAAUGUAAUGGGAAUGAGCAAAAGUUCGCUCAGAGUCCCUGCUGAACUAAAUCUCAGAGAGUCUACCUGAGGGAGAGCCACACGCCUGUUUCCCUCGCUUCCUCUGAGUCUAAAGCGCUCCUGCCUUACUGUAUAAGUACGAACAUCUUAGACCGUGUCCCUUCCGACUUAAACCCUUCACUUUAGAGGACGGGGCAAAUUGGGGAAGUCAUGCUGGCACACCCUCGUGGCAAGCCACCCGGUCAGUUUCCCCAGGAAUGACCCAGGAGGCCGGCGGCAGGUUAAGUGCUGGGAAUACGAGGGAAGCUCUGGGACCAGUCACCUUCCAUUUUGGAAGGGAGUUUGCACUAGACCAUUUCUCUCACACCAGAGGAGCCUUUCUUUCCAAGGUGGGGAAUGGAAGCACAGUAGGAAUAAAAUUCCAAGGAUUCCUCUAGCUGGAGUCGGUAUAGUCCGCGCAGAAGGCAAUGGAAGGAAUGUUGGGAGUCCUGCUAUUAGCUAAGAAGGGGACAUGGCGGCUGUGUUUCAAAGCCACUGUUCCUCAUCCAGCUUUAAGUUUUUAUAAGGAAUGUGCUAUUUGUUGUUGUUGUUGUUGUUCCAUGACUUCAUUAAUUAUGGAAAUUUGGUGCUGAGGGAUUUAUUAUUUUAUUGGGGGGGACCCCACGACGUUUUCUGUGAUAACUGUAUUUUGGGGGGCUCGUGGAGCAGCAAGCCCGUUUCCAAGAGCAGCGAGGCAGUUUUGUUGGAGAACUUGUCCUUCCCUAUUGUGAUAGGUCUGAUUGGGAAAUCCAUCUGAUAAUCAGGAAGUCUCACAGGGAGAGGAUCAAAAGCAUUGAGCAUUGGCCUGCUUCCUAUCCUGUCUCCCUGUUCUCUCCCCACUCCUGCGUUGAAAAGUGAUUUAAUCCAAACCCCCAGUUGCUAAGAAUAGAAUGCUUUUAAGGAGCCCAUUCAGCCAGCUUGCCCUGCUGUCACCUAUGACCUGUGAUCUCUGGCCCCAGCAGCCAGACCUCUUGUGACCCCACCUCUGACUUCAGCGGCCAAGUAUGAAUGCAGAGAAAGAGCAAAGCCCAGAGAAGGGAGUCUCUGGCUUGACCUGGGCGCCGGGCUCCUGCUGGGUUAGGGUGGAGCUCCUGAGUUUUCCCAGCUGAAGGGACGGUCCUGCGUUACAUUUCCCAGCCCUGCUCCUGUAGCAUAAAUGACGUGCACUAUUAAACAGAGUAGUUUUUUAGAAGGAGAGAUUGCGUGUGUUUCUGUGCAGGAGCCAAAUUUCUUUCAAUUAAAAUAGGAAA